GCUGUGAGCCUCCGUACGCGCUUUUGUUCAGUGUCUCUCCUCUCGACCGGCGAAGUGCGCGCCGUUUCGAGCUCCUCUUCGCGCGAGGAGAAAUACAGUGCUGUUUGACUGAUAUCAGCGAAGUAAGGAGUUCAUUUCAACACCUUUCUGAGGCUGAACUGAUUUAUGCGUUUUGAAUGGUUUACCUCAGCGGCUGUUAUCAUCUGCUCUGCUGUAUCUGAGGCGACGCGGCAUUCCUGUGGACUUUCUGAGGCGACGACGCGCUUUACUUCAGAGAAGGAUGCUGGGGGAGCUCCGCUUGACUGCGCUCCAGUCUCUCCUGGCUGUGUGUCUGCUCUUCACCCUGGAACACGGCACAGUGAGCUGUGACACUGUGGUGAACAUGCGUAAGGUGACUCAUCAGAGGGUUCAGGAGCCUCUGUCAGGUACGGCCCUCCUGCCGUGUGUUUUCACCCUGCGCCCGAGUCCUUCGCACGAACCUCCCCGCAUCAAGUGGACCAAACUGUGGGGUCAGCGUGGCCCGGAUGGCCUACAGAAGCAGCAGUCGAUUCUGGUGGCUAAAGACAAUAUAAUCAAGGUGAAGAAAGCCUUCCAGGGCCGCGUCACCUUGCCGGGAUACCCGGAGAACCGCUACAACGCCAGCUUGGUGCUGACAGGACUGCGAUCUAGCGACUCGGGGAUGUACCGCUGUGAGGUUGUGGUCGGAAUUAACGACGAACAAGACACGGUGCCCCUUCAGGUCACGGGAGUGGUUUUUCACUACCGUGCGCCUCAUGACCGCUACGCGCUGUCCUUCUCCGACGCCAGAAGAGUUUGUUUGGAGAACUCUGCCAGUAUUGCCACGCCAGCCCAGCUGCAGGCCACUUUUGAUGACGGAUAUGACAACUGUGAUGCUGGUUGGCUGUCGGAUCAGACUGUGAGGUAUCCCAUCCAGUCGCCUCGGCCCGGCUGCUUUGGCGACAAGGAGGACUCACCUGGCGUGAGGAACUACGGCAGCCGAGAACCCGACGAGAUGUUCGACGUGUACUGCUUUGCCGACAGCCUACAAGGUGAAGUGUUCCACACCAGCGUGCCGGAGAAGUUGAGCCUGGCAUCUGCCUCCACUCACUGCCACACUCUGGGAGCUCAGCUGGCCACGGUCGGGCAGCUCUACCUGGCUUGGCAGGGUGGCCUAGACCGCUGCGACCCCGGCUGGCUGGCCGACGGCAGCGUACGUUACCCCAUCAACCUGCCCCGGCGUAACUGCGGUGGAGACGAACCUGGAGUUAGAACCGUUUACCACAACCCCAACCGCACCGGAUUCCCAGACACUAGCGAUCUCUUUGACGCCUACUGCUAUCAAGAGAAGGAUUUCGAAGAGCUGGCAGCGAUACUCCACAAGACCCUAGAAAACCCUGCUUUGAACUCUUCCAGUGAAGAAGAGGUGCAGCUGCAAAGAAACGGAGCCUUUCCUGAACCUUCAACUUGGACCGGUCUGGUCGAUCUUGAGAAAGAAGACUUCAAGUCCAUCAUAAACAACGAAUCUUCAGAAAUCUCAGAGGAGCAUGUUGUAAUCCAUCUUGGACCUGAAGAACGGUCUGUAGACUGGGAAGACGAUCCCAACGAUACUAAGCAGGAGAACCUUCAAGGGGGUUCGGCGAAAGAGGAAACUGAUGAUUCUGAUGGUCCCGAUGGUCCCAAUGUAUCUCCUGACCCGUCUUCAACCACCCCAUCUUCCUCAACGCAAGCUCAGACCAGCAACAGCGUCAUUUCCAACUUUGUGAACACAAUCAUGAAGCCAUUUAGGUACUGGACCGGGACUGGAGAACCUGAGAUACCAGCCACCGAGCCCAGCAUCUACAAAGGAACCUCAGAAAUGGUCCCACCUACCAGGAUGAAGCCAAGUAAAGGGAAAACAAGCAAAGGAGGUGCUGAUAACGCCAUCGUGGAGCCUAAUAUCAAGGAGCAUUCAUAUAAUCCCUCCUCGUCAGAUCCAGAAGAAGAGCUCUUGGAGCAAGAGAGGGAAGUGGUUCUAGUGGCUGCGGAGCAGGAGAUAAAGAGUCCAAGCAAUUCUCAUAUGGAUCAUCCAUAUUCACAGACCUUCACAGAUAGCUUCACUGGAAAAGACAAAGGAGCGAUUGAAUCAGGAACGGCGGAUCCGACUCCUUCGGCGUCGAAGAGCUUCGGUUCCAUAAGGAGCAGCCAACAAAUUUGGCCGUUGAAGUCCUUGAAAGUUGCCCCAGGCAAUAACAGGCAUUUGAUAACUCAAACCAGCACUCCCAUGGAAGCCAAACAGGCCAGUUUGGAGAUCAUAACCAUUCCUGUUUCUAGGAACAACCCUGAGAACUUCUCCGGAGAAGGGAAAGACUUGAACGAGGACGGUUACCUUAUUCCCAAAGGUCCUCCUUCGGCGUUAUCAGCGGAGGAUGGAAAAGAUGGUGAGGGAAGUGGAGGGAAGGAGUUACCGUUCACCCUUGACAGCCAAAUGAAUGGAUCCGAUGAGCACGGCGUCCCGCCGGAGACCACUGUGAGAUGGCAGCUUAUGAGUCUCCGGACGACUCAACAACCUACUAGUGCGUCCGGUUCUUCUGAACCCAGUCAUGAGAAACCAACCGAAACGGUUGAGGAAGCCAGAGGAGAAAUCGUGUAUGUCCAUCGCCCCAUUGAAAACCACAAGAACAGUCCUUCGAAUAAAGUCAACGUGCCUUUUGUUAAACGGAAGCAAGAUCUAGGGUUGACCGUUGAAGUAGAAACACAUACGCCUACUACGCCAAGCCCCGUCAGCGUGCCUUUUGUUAAACUGAAGCAAGAUCUAGGCUUGAGCGUUGAAUCUGAAGCACACGCUUCCAAUACGCCGACCACACCAAGCCCUGUCGAUCCCACCGAGGACAAGUUAACAAUUCAACCACCAACCCUAGAGACCACUCCUUCCCAGCCCGGAGAAGAAACCACUACCGAAGAUAUUUUGUGCACUCCGGAUCCAGCUGUUUCUAGCACGUGGUUGCCUGUGGUUCAAGAGGAGGUUGAUACUCCACAACCGCCGGUUCCUACUAUAAUAACCACGCAAGCUGGACCCACGGAUCAGCCGACUAGUCCAGAUCUAAAGGACACUUCCCAGCAGGCUGAGUCCAGGGCGGGAGUGUCGGAGUCUUUUGUGUUGACUCAGGGCUGGAUAACAUCUGAACCUUCAUCCCAGACCACAGGAAGCCCAGAGGAAAGCACAACUGCCGCUGGGAUGGAAAUCAGCCCCUCCAGAACGUCAGCAGAGGAUGACCCCUGCCAGACCAACCCGUGCCUGCAUGGUGGCAGCUGUCUGACUGAGGGGGAGGGAUACAGUUGUCUUUGCCCCCAGGGCUAUUCGGGAGAAAGCUGCGAGAUCGAUAUUGAUGACUGUCAGUCCAAUCCGUGUCAGAAUGGAGGCACCUGCAUCGAUGAGAUCAACUCUUUCGUGUGCCUGUGUCUGCCCAGCUAUGGCGGAGCAACCUGUGAGAAAGAUACUGAGGGUUGCGAGCACAACUGGAGGAAGUUUCACGGUCACUGCUACAGGUAUUUCACCCGCAGACACACAUGGGAAGACGCGGAAAAGGACUGCAGAGAGCACAGCGGUCACCUGGCUAGCAUCCACUCCACACAAGAGCAGGACUUCAUUAACGGACUGUGCCAUGAAAACACAUGGAUUGGGCUGAAUGACAGGAUGGUGGAAGAUGACUUUCAGUGGACCGAUAACAUGGAUCUGCAAUAUGAGAACUGGAGGGAGAACCAGCCGGAUAAUUUCUUUGCGGGCGGAGAGGACUGCGUGGUGAUGAUCGCCCAUGAGAACGGCAAAUGGAACGAUGUGCCCUGCAACUACAACCUGCCCUACAUCUGCAAGAAAGGCACAGUACUAUGUGGAGCUCCACCCACCGUGGACAACGCUUUCCUGAUUGGUCGGAAGCGUGCGCAUUAUGACAUACACUCUGUGGUGCGUUACCAGUGCGGCGACGGUUUCCUCCAGCGCCACAUUCCCACCAUCAAGUGUCGCGCCAAUGGCAAAUGGGACCGACCCAAGAUCAUCUGUACGAAGUCAAGGAGAUCUCACCGCUACAGACGCCACCACCACAAGUCCCACCACGAGCGCAGAAAGCACAAGAGGCACGGUUCAGGAGGUCAUCGAGGUCAACAGGAGGGUCACGGCCAUUUCUAACCAAAUAAUCCCCUCCUUUCCGCCAGCCUUUCGCCUAAACCUCCUUAUCUUUGAUAUCCGACGGCCUUUCACCUUUCCCCCCUUCUCGUUCGGCUCAGUCUACCCCCAUUAUGAUCAGAGGGGGCACUGCUGGACCCCACAAGGACUAUAACAAUUUUACUUUUCCGUCUCUUUAUCCGUUAAUGUUACAUCUCAUUUUAGUGGAUCCGUCAAGAGAAAGUUCUUUCGUACAUUCAAUGUAGAAAUCACUCUAGGUAACUGUUUAUGUAUUUUUACAUAAGCAUUAAUUGAGCGGGUGGGUUGGUACUACAUGUAAAUAUUGUAUUUCAUUUCAAAACACAGUAUCAAAUCGAAACAGCCAGGAAAUGCUAGGGAUUGGUUCGCUUAUGCAGUAUUUCUUGACCGUUUUGACUUUGGUUUGCUCUUUGUAAGACAUUAACCUAAUUUAUACAGUAUUUCUGAGUAUUGAUGUGUUUUGGGUUGCGAGGAGUGGUGCUCAUUUGGAUUUUACAUGAAAAUUAAAUCACACUCAUGUCAUUACAAUCCCACAUGAUGUUAUUUCUUACGUGGGUCAUGAGUAACUGGCAACAGAAGCUGUCAAUUUUAAAAACGGCACCAUAAAAGUUCAAUCAAAAGUCAUUAUUCCUUUGUAGCUUUCAUGGAAAAUUGAUUAUUGCAAUCUGGCAGUCUAAUGACGAAUGAGGUUUCAGAUCCAUUUGGGUUAAUGUCUUCUGGAACCAUACAAAACAGACCGGAGUUAUUCAUAAACAAAAGUCAUUAUUCCAUUGUAGCUUUCAUAGAAACGUGAUGUUUCAUGUCAUUGAUUUCAAAUCUGGCAACCUAAUAAUGAUAGGAUUUCAGAUGCAUAUCGGUGGAGUUUUCUGCAAGUAAUCACUUAAAUUUUGAUAUUUUCUCUCACAAACUUUUCGAAUAUUUUCAGUAUUUGUGUAUUUCGGGUUGCGAGGAGUGGUGCACAUCCAGAUUUUUAGUGUAUGAUCUGCACCAUUAACGUGAAAAUUAAAUCAUACUUGUGUUGUUCCAAACCCAUACAAUUUUAUUUCUUAGCCGCUGUACGAUUUGUGAUUUCAAGAUUUGUAUGCAAAACAGACCGAAGUUCAAUCGAAAGUCGUUAUUCCAUUGUAGCUUUCAUAGAAACUUGAUUAUGUCAGUCUGGCAACUUGAUGAUGAACGAGAUUUCAGAUCCAUAUUGGUGGAAUUUUUUGCAAAUAAUUGUUUAAAUUUAGCGUUUUCCUCGACACAAACUUCGAAUACCUUCGAGUGGUCACCGUCCAGUUUUUCAGUGUAUAAACUACACAAUUUGCGCAAAAAUUAAAUCAUACUCGUGUUGUUCAAAACCCAUAUGAUUUUAUUACGUCGAGCUAAAUAGGAGUAACUGAGUUUAAUUCGAGAGUUUUUCAUUUAAUAUUGGCAACGCCAAUAAAGCACCAUAAACGUAAUUCUGGCAACCUAAUGAUGAAUGAGAUUUCACAUCCACAUCGAUGGAAUUUUCUGCAAAUUAUUAAGUUUUGCAUUUCCCUCACACAAACUUAUCAAAUACCAUUGUUUUUGGUAUGUUUUGGGUUGCAAGAAGUGGUGCUCAUCUAGAUUUCCAGUCUAUAAACUGCACAUUUCACACGAAAAGUAAAUCAUACUCAUGUUGUUCAGUUUUAUUAUUCCUAAUGAACAAAAAAGGCGAUGAGUGACUGGCAACGCGAAUAAAGCUCCAUAAAAUAAUUGUACACAAUUGUACACAUCAAAAGUUGUAGCUUUCAGAGACAUGUGACAUUUGAUCUCAAUGAUAUCAAUCUGGCAGCCUUAUUAUGAAUAAGAUAAUUAAGAUAAUAUUGGUUUGCAUUUUUUGUGGAUAAUUGUUUAAUUCUAGAGUUUUCCUCAUGCAAACUUACUGAAUAUCUUCAGAAGAAGAAUAUACUACACAUAUAGUCAUGCAAACCACUUUUAUGAUUAUGGUGAUUUUCGUCAUUUUCGUUACAACCCCAGUUUUCACUAGAAAAGAGCAACUUGGACACUCCCAAGUAUCUUCUUGUUUGGUAAUAAUCAUUUAAUUUUUGUGUCAAAUAUCUUCAAAAGAAGAAUAUACCACACACAUAGUCAUGCAAACUACUUUUAUGUUACUUUUCUGGUGCUUUUCAUCAUUUUAGGAGCUGUUACAACCCCAGUUUUCACUGAAAAAGAGCAGCUUGGACACACUGCAAAGUGUCUUUUUUUGCAAAUAAUUUAAUUCUUGCGUUUUCCUCACACAAACGUAAAAAAUAUCUUCAGAAGAAGAAUAUACCAGACAUAUAGUCUUGCAAACCACUUUUAUGGUGCUUUUUGUCAUUUUAGGAGCUGUUACAACCCCAGUUUUCACUGGAAAAGAGCAGCUUGGACACACUGCAAAGUAUCUACUUUUUGGCGAAUAAUCAUUUAAUUCUUGUGUUUUCCUCACACUAACUUAUCAAAUAUCUUCAGAAGAAGAAUAUACCACAUGUAUAAUCAUGCAAACCACUUUUAUGGUACUUUUUGUCAUUUUAGGAGCUGUUACAACCCUAGUUUCCACUGGAAAAGAGCAGCUUGGACACUCUGCAAAGUAUCUUCUUUUGUGCUCCGCAGACAAAAGAACAUAAUACGGGUUUGAAAUGGCAUGAGGUUGAAUAACUGACAGAUUUAAUUUUUGGCGUCAAACUAUUCCUUUAAGUCCUUAAACGGCCUUUAACUAGUUGUUACGCAGAUAUAUUUCAAGCCUUGAGUACAAGUUUCCUGUCUUUCACAGGUAUUGACUUUGAGUGACUUGAGAUGAAAUGUGCCACUGUAAAAUCCCUCCUACUUGUAGUUCCUCCAUCUGUUAUUGAUGGUCUGUGUCACGAUCUCCCACUUUCUCACCCACAGAGGAGAAAUUGUCCUGUCAGAGCCUGUCGGCGAGAAAAAAGAGAGAGAAUUAGACGGACGGAAAGAGAGGUUCGACUUGCCGGUCUUAAUUGCACUCGACCGCAUAUACGCCACGUCAAACCGAGCCGGCGACAAGGUACUUUUAACAGCCUUGGGGGUCACAGCUACGCCCGUAAUUAGCUUCUCGAAGUAGCACACUUAAGAAAGAAAUAAAACAGGGAUGGAUUCUCAUGGGUGGGGUGAGGAUGAAAACAAAGAAUCCAGAUGGUGCGAUAUCACACACGGGUUAGAUGUUAAAAGUGCUCAUGGGUAAAUUUCAGAGGCAGGGAUACCUCCAGUACUGAAGAUCAGGAGGUUAAAAAGGAAAGGCUCAUGCAGAAGAAAGCCAGUUGAGAAGCAGCAUUUGGCCUUCUGUUCUCUUCCGAGCGAUAGAUGUGGUCUGGGCUCAUUUUAGUUUCCAAAGGCACGUUUUUUUCCUCUUUCCUACCAGGUGCGUGUCCUGUUUUUCAAAGAGUACUGCGACAGCUGACUCAAAAAUGAGGGCCACUCCUUAUUCUCUGCCCUCUCAACUAUCCUCCUUACCUUAAAAAAAAGGCCAGACUCUUUCUUUUUUACAGCACCCUUCUCUAAUGCCGGGGUUUGUGCUUAUCUCUCCCUGCUCCUCUCUCAAUUUCCCCGUGAGAUUGCAAACGUAGCCCAGUUUUCCGCCAACUUCUUUUCAACGUCAGCACUCCCUCUUCUUCUACAUUUAUCCACCUUUUUUAAUGAAAUAGCCCAAAAUUCAGAGACGAUGAAAAGCCAGUAGUGUUAAUAUCGAAACAAUUAAUCUUUUUGUUCCAAGCAAACUUAAUUAAUGUUGAGGUUAUUGGUGCAUAUUUUGAUAAAGAAGCAAUUGACUUCAAGAAAAGGGUGAUUUUAUUUUAGAAAAAGCUGUUUUUGAAGUCAAAAGCGGAGGAAAGUGCGUUUGUAGUCACAUAUCACCCCAAUUUAGUAAAAUUAUAGAAUAAACAAUCAGGAUUGCAGUAAAACAAAUGCUAAUAAGAGUUUCAGAGGAAAACAUGGUUAAUUUUCUGGAAAAUAAUGUCACAAUGCAAAACAAAGUUCAUAUCCUUAAAGGUUAGUUCACCCAAAAAUGAAAUUCUGCCAUUAAUUACUCACCCUCAUGACGUUUCAAACCCCUAAGACCUUCAUUCAUCUUCGAAACACAAAUUAAGAUAUUUAUAGCCAAGAAAGCUAGUAAGGAAAUUGCUGAAAUAGUCCAUAUGACAUCAGUUGUUCAACCUUAAUGUUAUGAAGCUAUCAGUGUUGGCAAUGUUACUUUUAAAAAGUAAUUAGUUAUAGUUGCUAGUUACUUCUAGUUACAUCAUUAAAAGUAACUAAUUACCAGGGAAAGUAACUAUUGUGUUACUUUAAAAAAAAAAAAGUUCAAAUAUGUCAAAUAACUUAGAUGCCCCCUUAUGUUAAUGAAUGAAAUUUAAAUAAUAUUAAUUUACAUUUUUUUGUUUACUCACCAGACUAAUAUUAAAUAUCUGAAAUAAAGCUUAAUGGCACAGUUUUUUGAAAUAUCGGACACUUAGCAUCAGUCAGUCAAGCAUUAUAAUAUGACAUUAUUAUAAUUAAGCAUUAAACUUUAGUAAUUAGAAUAACCAUGUAUGAAAGCAUAUUUGUCAUGUUGACUGAACAUAGGACUGGUGGUGGUGCUCAAGAUAUUGUUUGUAAUUUAGUGUUUCAAUAAAAAGGGAAAAAACUACAAAUAAUACUGAUGAGAUAAUAAAACUACUACGAAUUCUACUACAAAUAAUAUAAAACACACCAAGGAUUAAUGAGCUGCUGGGUUCAUGAAUAUUAAUCAUGUUGUCUGUGUUCGCUCAAACUGAUUUGCUGAAAUCAAAACAGAGAUGAUAAUAGGUGAUCGCCAGCCAAUGAGAUUGCAGUUUGCGCAUCAGUUCCACCUACUACCGGAGAAACCGACAGUUCUUAAAAGCUGAAGAAUUCCUAAGGAACUCUUGGUUAUUUUGACAGGAAAAUACUGCAAGGAAUAUCGUUUACAUGUCGCGCGUCAAUUCUGCAUGAUAUAUAAGACUCUGUCGCUCUGUAUCUUUCUUUGCAUGUGUGUGAGACAAAGCAACAGCUAGUCGUGUGCCUUCACACUAGAGUUUACAGUUUGUCAAAUACAGGUACGCUGCGCAUCCAUUCAGAUGAACUGAAAAAUAAAAUGAUUAUAAUAUUAUAAUAUAUUAUAGUAACGUCACAUUUUACUGUCAAUAACGGUAACGGCAUUGUAAAGGGAGAAACAGUAAUUCGUUAUUACUCGUUACUGAAAAAAAUAACGCAGUUAGUAACGCUGCUUAUUUAUAACAGCGUUAUUCCCAUCAGUGGAAGCUACGAGAAUACUUUGUGCGCAAAGAAAACCAAAAUAACGACUUGCGUCAGUUUCAUGCAUGCAACGUGGUACUGUUGUGAACGUGUGUUGAAGACUAACAUGGAAAAGAAGAAAUUAUGAAAUAGUCGUUAUUUUUGUUUUCUUCAUGCACAAAAUUAUGCUCGGAGCUUUAUAACAUUACGUUUGAACCACUGUUGUCAAAUGGACUAUUUUAUCGAUAUCCACCCUGAACAUGGUAGUUGCGUUGCUGUCUAUGCAAAGUCAAAAAGCUCUCGGAUUUCAUCAAAAUUAUCUUAAUUUGCGCUCUGAAGAUGAACAAAGGUCUUACGAGUUUGGAACGACAAUUUUUGGGUGAACUAUCCCUUGGGUGAAGCAAAAUAUGAACACAUUUUCUUUUGAUUUUGGGGAAAAUAAUGAUCUGUUCUGAGCAGGUUUCAUGCAAUUCAUUCUAAUGACCCAUGCAUGAUUUGCAUCGAACAGGAGGUGUACCAGUGUUAUGCAAUUUGUCUGUCAAAAUUGGAGUCUCGUUCUGAUACCCAGUAUCCUAAUAAUCCAUAUUAGCCGCUAAUGUACCUCUAUAUCACACUAAUAGCUCUUUACAGCCCUCGGCUGAGGCUAGCGAAGGAAGGCAGAUGGCUAACAAUGUGGCACCUUAAUUGCAAGCCUUGAUUAUAAAAACGAACCUCUAAACAAAGAAUGCUCACAGCUGUCUUUUGGCAGGCAUGCUGAAGAACUAUAAGAGGCAGCUGCGGGAUUUUCUUGCGGCAAGUUUUCUGACUAAUUGCCACAGGGCAGUUGCCGUCCCAGAGGUUGUUAUGCUGGCUGCGCCACCCCUUUGUAGUUACAUUUGUGGAACACAGUCUUAUUUAGGCUUGUUUGCAUGAUUCAUUCAGCCAGAUUUGUCGAGUUUCUCGCAAGCAGAAUAUGCAAAUACUCUCGCAUAAUCCUCCGACGCUUUGUUUGCUAUCUGCCGCCGCAGCCGAGAAUCGUUCAGGUUGUAUCAAGGAGUUAACCUUGUUCUUUUUCGUAUUUACAUGAUUGUUGGAGGUAAAGGGGAAGCUGUGGAGGUGAGACAGGAGCACGGUGUCCUCUGUUUAAUCAGGACUGGAGGUAACACACCACAUCCAUCAUCAGCUUCCGGACUAUCGCGGCAAGAGUAGCGCGUCUGAAUUUUUAGUGCGUUAUCUGGAAACGUCUUUGAUUCCACGGUGUCAGAAAGGGAAUUACCAUGACAAAAAAGCCAGUUCGGCCGCCGGUGGCAGUGGGGAUUGUUCUGGAAGUCGCAGUUGCUUGGUAUACUUAACCUGAACCUCCGGCGUUCCCUGUUCACCUAAACCGUGCUUACAUAGUAUGGCCUUUACCUCAUAUGAAUCUCUAUUGGCACAUUUUAUGUGUAAAUUCCAUUCCAGCUGGCUUUAUCAUGCAUAUUUAGUUUUCCUUGUAUAUUUACAGUUAAAGCUCUUAUUUCUGUUUAUUUAUUAUUUGUUGGCUUGAAGGGCACCCCGUUGUUAUUAAUGACCCAGCAUUCCCUGCCGUUACGCGCAGUAAAUUCAUUCCUCUGGCAGUGCGACAAAACCAUAAAAUCUUUUGACACCACUCCCCAGCCUUGGUGAUGUACAGAUUUUGUUUUCACUUCGCAAUGUUUUCUUGCUCAUUUUUUCUGUAUGUAUUUAUUUAUUUUUCACUUUUUUAAAAUGAAAUCUGGAUGUGUUUGUUGCUUCGAGUCCCUGGACCUCAGUCACACAGGCUAACUCUCCGUUCUGCUACAUCAAACAUCAAACACCAGGUUGUUUUUUUUGAAGCAUUUCCUCCACCGGGAUGACCCGA